GGAUAACACGCAUAAACACAAGCAUGUCUACGUCAAGACUCCGCACACCGCGACGGUCAAAACCCUUGGGGGGCAGAAAAGAUCGUGGGUGCAAAAAAUUGCUCGCCUUCUGAAAUGCCCUCGAAAGGGUUUAUGGGGGUUGCCGACGGUGACAACGGUCAUGUCCCUUAUUUUCGGCAACCCCUAUGAACCCCUUCAACGACAAUUCAGAGGCGAAACAAGAAUCGUGGGGGCCGUCGCGCGGAACGAAUGAGAGUGAAGCAGAACGGGACUCGCUAACCGUGUGCCCCGAUCUCCACGUCAUCCAUUCCCGCCGUCCCAGCCACUUGCGACACGUGGCACGACAUGAUGAUAAUGAUGACGACGGUGAUGAACACGAUGAUGGUGACGAUUACGGUGGUGAUGUUGAUCCGGGCGACGAUGUCGCUGACGAUGAUGACGAUGUUGACGACGAUGAUGAUGUCGAUGAUGAUGUCGAUGAUGAUGUUCGUGAUGAUGAUGAUUGUGAUGACGACGAUGAUGAUGAUGACGAUGAUGACGAUGUUGAUGAUGACGAUGACAACGAAGAGGACGAUGGUGGUGAUUUCGACGACGACGAUGAUAUCGUUGAUGAUGAUGAUGUUGUUGAUGACGUUGAUGAUGUUGAUGAUGAUGUCGAUGAUGAUGACGAUGUUGAUGACGUUGACGAGGUUGAUGAUGAUGUUGUUGAUGAUGAUGAUGAUGUUGAUGAAGAUGAUGAUGAUCACGAUGACAAUGAUGGUGAUGAUGAUGACGAUGAUGAAGAUGAUGACGCUGAUGGCGGUGGCGACGAUGAUGGUGAUGAUGGAGGCGAUGAUGAUGAUGAUGGCACGCAAGAAUCAUGGGGCUGCUCCCAUGGGCCGGCAAACAUGCCUGACACGUGGGCAGGCAGAACAACACUUUACCUUGAAGAGGGUACAACGCACACGAUGGCGCUGCUCUUUGACGGCUCACAGUUCUUCGAGGAGGUGCAGUUCUUCGACGACGAGGAAGCGCACACGAUGGCGCAAUUGUUCGACAAGGGGUCAGCGCAGACGGCGGAGAUGUUCCUGAUGGGCCGUGGAUCAGAACCUGCCGUGCACGGUUCCUCAGACAAUCAUCAAUUUCAGAUCAAGGCGGACUACAGAUUCUAUAAAAUGCAAAGUCCGCUGAGAUCCAAACUUCCCGUGCACGGUUGCGUGAUGGAGGGGACCUUCUCGACACCACGCAUCUUCGAGUCGAUCUUCUCGAGACCACAGGCCAUGAGUGCCGAGACGCACAUUCGCUUAGCAGAACCUUUUCGUCCUUGUGCGAAAUCCGCGCGACAUUUCAACGGUGUGACAACGAUCCACGGAGCGACUGCAGAGGACUUCGACAAGGACCCAUGGAUGACCGUCGUUUUGUGCAGGGACGCGCAUCUUGACGACUGGGGCGAGGGCAAUUGGGCCAGUAUGGAGAGUUACUGCCCUUGGGCAAGCCAGUACAAGUUCACGAAUAUAUUGGAGUUCGGGGACCUCAUCCCUCUGCUUGACGCCGUCCUCGGACAUAAGUUCCUGAACCAUAUGCGGAAAGCACUAAGCUGCAUUAGCCGCUAUUUCAGUCGCCUCGAGUGCCACAACGUCAGGUCGUUGCCACGAACUUGGGGUGGCUUGCGGAAACAAGAGUUGGUGGACAGUGCUCGUCGCUGCUCGUUCCUGGACCAGUACCCGCUCCGUUGCCCCGGGAUUUCUCCACGAGUUGUGUCGUACUGCUGUGUGCAGUUGACUGUGUCCGGAUCUGAUUUCACCAGAGUUCUGUGUGUUGCUGCUUCAAAUAAGAGCAGGAAACUCGUCGACGCAGUUGUGCUCGUGUCGCGCAACGAGGUUGUGAUUGAAGGGUCCAAAUUCGUGCCGAUGCGUGGGCCUGAACGUGUGGAUGGGUGGCCAGAUUUGGUGAUAGCAGACAAUAUGUCUUCGUCCAGGGGCGAAGGGGAGCCUGCAGCGACGUCCGGGAUGGGAUCUGGGAAAGGUUCUACAAAAUGGUCGUCUACGACCUCGAGGACGUGGUCCGACCACGCUAGGUCGAAAUGGUUCGUCGACAAGUGCUGUGCUGAUGCUACGAACCCAGUCCAACAGCCGUGUGGUCCUGUGAUCUUCGUCCAAGCCAAUAAGCGCCGCAGGGUUCUGGGGGCUGUCUUGCGGUGGGAGAAUGCGAAAGGUAUUCGUCGACGGUUCUACAUGAAAAAUGUGUACGGUUCGAAGGGGAACGUCGUCGCCGGCGCCAAAGGGGCAGUUCUCGACAUGUGUCUGUUCGAGGGGUUCGGAGUGGGUGCUGCGAACACCCCGUUCUACAACGACCUCCGGCGACAGGGCGGGUUUGUUUUGGGUCGAGAGUUCUUCGACCUGUUGGAGGACGAGGGCAUCGCCCUCGACGUCCCUUGCGAAGUCGGUCCCGACCUGGAACUGUCAAUGCCUUUGCAGCGGUGCGGCGGUUGUGAGUCGAGCGGGGCAGCGGGGGGGGGGGGGGAUCUGGGUUCUGGGGAGGCUACACAUGUGCAGCGGGAGGAUGCCAGAGGUCAGUUUGACAACAGCGAAGAUGAGGCGACACCACGUCCGCCGUUUUCGCCGUCGCGGGAAAGAGACAGGUCCGUGCUGUCCAUACCUGGGGUCCGGCAACAGACCGCAGCGGAUCCCAGAGAAGAGAGAGUCCUGUGUGGGUCUGACUUGGAGCCCGCCGAGGGCCAUGGCGCGGAAGGCGAGGCCGUGGGCGGGGAGGGAGCGCAGGGCACUCCCCAAAAAAGGAGGGGAGAAUGUCAAAAAGAGUUGGUGGGUUCUUCGAAGAAACAGAAAACCAAGACCCCGAGGACUGCGGGAGAGAAACGGAAGGGGAAGGGGGUGGAAGAGGCCCACCCGGGUAGCAAACGUCCAACUUCGAAACAUAAACAGCCUGAGUCGGGACCUUCUUCACCACGGCCUGCCAUCGACGUGGACGCCGGGUACUUCCUGAAGUACAAAGACGGCGUCAAGACAAGGCGGGAGUUUGAGAUUAGCCCGGCUCAGAUCGUUGACAUAAGGGAGUGGGAGGAUCUUUACAACCAACAGUCGCUAGAUCUCGUCCUCGUGGAAACGAUAAGGGAACCAAUGCGGUCUGCGUUCGAAAAUAAAGAACAGACGUACGAGUUGCCGGUCUUCAAGCUCUCACCACUGGGGCUUCAAAAACCAACUCCUGGGACCAAGGCACAACGUCUGAAGCCGGAGGAGUGGAAGGAUAAGCUGGCGGGAGAAUACUACUACUACGCGGUGUGCGGGCAGCACAACGCGGCUGCAGCCAGGUCGCUGUUCGACAGCGAGGUGGCCAAGAAGUACGAUUUCGAGCGGUGGCCGGCACGGAUGGUGUACUUUUUCGACAAUAACUUCGAAGGGUAUUUUCUUGUUAGUCAGGGAUUGGAUGACGAGUUGUGGGAUAAGAGCAGGAAACACGUUUCCGACUCGGCGCUGUUCAAGGACUGCCCGCCGUACAUGGGUUGCGACCAGGACAACUCGAUUGAGGUGAGGGAGAAGUUGGCGGGCCACAAGAAGUUGUCCGUCGACUGGAGAAACACGGUUCUCUCCGUGUUGAAUGGAAGCAGACUGAAGAGCCGGGAAGUCGCACUUGCCGAAGGCGUCGUUCACAUUAAAUGGAAAGACACGGGGGACGUGACAUCCAUUGCGCCAUUCGCCAACGACCCUUUAGAGGUGGACAUCAGGGGCGUUGAGCUGAAGGAGGCAGUGGCUGCCAUAAAGAGCCACACGGCAGCGUCUACAGGGAUAUGGAACGCAAUCCGACCCAAUUCGUCGGUCUUCUUGAUUUUCUUGGCAAGAAGGGAGAGGGUGUCGUGUUCCUUGGGAAACCGCACGCGGGAAGCGUCUGGGAGCUUCGCCGGCCGGCACGUUGUCGCAAUGGAAGGGAACUCUGACCUCUUGCAAUUCACGAUGCGGGUGGUGAAAAGCGAGGUCAAUUCGAGUGGACACAAUUGUGAGUUCAUGGUCGUGAGGCCAACACGGGAUAAGGUGUGGAGCAAGAAGACGGAUAUGUGGUUUAAGUUGAGCGAGAGGAAGAGGAACAAGAUAUACGAUUUCUUGUUCCUUCAAACGCGUCCGAGGAGGGACACUGACGCCGAGUAUAUCCGCCGAAAGGACCACAUGUUGGCACUGCUCGACAACUACCACUUCGCCUCCCGCAUGAACACGAAGACGUUUAUCGAAAGGCUGCAAUCGCUGUACUUCGUGGAGUCUGAGGAGCAGUUGAAGUUAGCCAGUUACGCUUCCCUGAUCUCCACUAACGACGAGGAAGCCAUAGGUGUGGAGUUUGUCGCCUACACGAAGGAGGAGGAGAGCGACACGGAGAGCAUCGACCUGCAGUACGACCUGCCUCCGGUGGACCACGGACGAGGGUCCUCGUCGGCCAGUCCAUCACCAAGCGCUGCAGCCCUCGUGUCACCAUUGGCCAAACCGGCGCCGGGCAUCACGCCGAUGAAAUUGCUGGAGAGACUUAGAGCUCUGGCCGCCCCCCCGCCCGCUUUGCGUCCCGGGUCCGUUGUCCCACCCGAUCAUCCGUCUUGGAAGGAUGACAACAUCCACUUUCUGCUUGAACCGCAACGUCAUUCACCUGAGCAGGACUGGGGCCAUGACAUGGUUUGGCAUCCGGGAGUCAUCCAGCCAGCGAUACGAAAUGGCAAGUGGGUCAUGGCCGUGGUAAUCCCUGGCGACAAGUGCUGGUUGGAAUUGACGGAGGACUACUACGAGCUCGACACGAGUCCGUCGAAGGGCGUGGUGGACUGGAAAGUGGCCUUUCCCAGUGGGCCGGACGGUGGUUCCGGGGGGGGGUCACCUGGAGGCAGAGGGGAUGGGGGUGGCGACGCAGGGGGUGGCAAAGGAAUCCCGCCUAUGGGGGAGAGAGGGUCUCACGACCGCAACACGACACCGGGAGGCAGCGCUGGGGUGGCGGGUUUCGCCGUCGACCGGACUCCGUCGACAGGCACCCGGCCCGAGCACACGACACACUCCGCCGACCCCCAGACUUCGUCCGUGGGCUCAGCGAGGGACACGUUGAGAGCUUUGGUUGCUCUGGGCAGUCGCUCGGCCGGAAAGCCGAAGUCCGCCGGGAUCCGAACUACAUCGGGUGAGGAGCCGCCAGAGCAGUCCGGAUUGCGAAGCUGCUUGGGGUCGGGGGAUCCAAGCAGGGAUCGAGAAAUUCGCAGCAUUGCGGCGCGGGACGAAGACGUCGGAACGGUGUCGCCUGAGCGGGAGCGACGACCGCAAGGAUUGCAGCAGGAGGCUGCAAGUGCAGGGUCCGGCGACACGGAGACCACGAAGUCCGCCGAGAUCCAAACUUCUUCGGGCGGGGUUUGUCGGCCAAGGAUUGUCGUGCCGUUGAGAGGGGCAGUGUGCACGGGGACGGAAGGGCGGUCCUCGCGAUUCGGCACGGGUACCGCGGAAGGGGACGAGUUUCGUGGAAGGGAAGUAGGGGAGGAAAUGGAGGAACAAAAGGGAGCGCAAGAAGGGGAGGAAGAAGGGGAAGAAGAGGUGGAAGGGGAGGAAGCGGGAGAAACGGAGCUAAUUGAUUUGUUUGAAGGAAGGGAGGGUGCCGGGUCUGGAGAAGACAAAGUGGAACACAGUGAGGACGAUGCCGGAUUUGGAGAGUCGUCUGACGAGUUCGGACAACUGUACGGAGAGCAUCACGAGGAUGAUGUCGACGACGAUGCCACGGCGAUAGAGAUGGAGACACAAGUGGUCAGCAGCCUUUCCGAAGAGCCUGAAGAUUAUGAGGUCCGGCCACUGACGUCUGCUGUCGACUUGCAACACCGGUUCGACGAGGCUUCCGUCGCUAUCAGCCCGUCUGAAAAAAGUCGACAUAUAAGCAUCGACGAAGUUAUUGACGGUAUCCUCGGCGACCACAACGUGUCUGCCCGUCCGUCCGCAACUGCCAACGUCGCAUCUUCCGUGGCAGCUGCCCUCGCUUCGUCACCGCCAAAGUCUCUGGUGUUGCAGGCCACCCUUACCGCCGAAGGGGAAGGCGAGUGCGGUGGAGGACAGCAUGUGACGUCCCCGAAAAAAUCGAGGUUCGGCGGUCAGGCUCUCGACGUGCUCACUUUGCCUGCGCCAAAUUCACCAUCGAAGGAGCGGAGAGAGAAACAGACUGGUAAGCCGUGAAGAAUGCCUUCGCAUCCGGAUGUCGCUGGAUUACAGUCCGCGCUAUACACACGACGACUGUCCACACUGUCUGUGCAUACGGGAAG